UAAUGGACACUUUUGUUUUGUUGAUUUAUGCCUGACAGGAAUUACUGAAUUAUCAGAUGGAGAACUGGAUGCUUUCCAGUCUUUUUGCACCAUUAAGAUAAGCAAGAUGUGUCAGCAGCUGAUCUCGAAGCAGGCAAACGGUGGCAAGUCCAGAAAGCUGCAGCGUGGAUUCCCAGCGAAGAAACCAGAGACUAGUGAUUUGGACUGCCUUGUUCCUGAUCGGCUGAUGAACAGAAUCCACCUGAAAAAUAUCCGAGAGACUGUUAAACAGGUGACAGAAGCUCAAAUCCAUGAAUCUUCAGCGUGCCCUGACUGUCAGAAGUUGGAAGCAGAGCUAGCCAAGGUUACCUUUCUCAGAAGAAGGAAGGUUCUAAUGGAAAAUGCUCUAAUCCAAGAGAGACUGGAAGAACAGAUUUACUCCCGAGAUGUGCUUACGCUUCUAGGAGAAGCACUCAGAAGCUUUCCCAAACCUUCAGAGGAUCCCAGGAACUUAUGGCAAAAGCUGAAAGGUCAGAAAAU